CAUACAUGCAAGUGCUAUUUUCAUACUUUUGGUAACUGAAAGAAAAAUCCGUGUGUAAUAUUUAAUUUUCAUACUUUUCAUACUCGUGAUGCACCUUUAGAUAUUUAAUUUAAAUUGAAUCUCUUUGUAUUUUUGUAAUCGUGAUGUUAUCUUCAAAUAAUUAAUGUAAAUUGUAUCUCUCUGUAUUUUUAGGUUAAUUUGUGUCUUCAGAUAAUUUGCAUUUGUAUUUGUGUAUUUGUGUCUUCAGAUGUUUAUUUUUAUUUAUAUGUUUGUGUGCAAGUUACGGCUGAAGUGCCAAUGCUUUUGCAGGGGCCCCAUGACGCCGGCCACCAUUGCCACCUAUUGUUGAACCCAAAUAAUGAUAAUGAUCCUCGAACUUUCAGACUUCGAACCGUAAGUAACACAUGGUCAAUACACGAUUAUUUCAUUCCUCGCGUUGAGGCUUAUGGACUACAUGGUUAUGCUAGGCUCACAUCAUCCGAAGACCAAUUACGUUCGGACGCAUCCCUUUUGACAUCCCUCAUUGACUGGUGGAGACCUGAAACCCACACCUUUCACUUUCGUUUUGGGGACCUUGCACCUACACUGAAAGAUGUUUCUAGGAUCACUGCUCUACCAAUUAGAGGCUGAGCAAUAUGGGCAAGGGUCGUUACGAUUGGAGGGCACAGAACAUUGAAUGGGAACACAAGUGGGAAAUGAAGUGCUAGAAGAUAUAGUGCAUCAACUUAGACAGAAAGCUUGCAUCCACGGCUGCUCUCUUUUUCCACACGGGCGCGCUGCGGAUUCCCCACCGGUGAGAUUUCGACGGACGGACUGGAGGUCAACGGGAGCGGUGGAGCUAACAUCACCGGAUGGAAAAAGUGUUGUGUUCCCGGUGGAAUCCCAAGAUUCCAUGAGUGCUCCAGCCCUAGAGCUCGACAAGGACGAAGAAGCAGCGAUGGUUGGAGAUGGGAAGAGAUACGAGGUGUGCUCUCAAGCUACAAGCGGCUGGACGAGGAGGGUGAGGCUCGGGAAAGCACCUGGUGAGAGGGACAUGAACCCCGACAGGAAAACAACGGUUGAGCUGUCUGUCCAUGCUUAUGCUGAAAAAUGUGAAGGGCAUGUCAUCAAUCCAACAACUGGCACGGAAUUUGACUUGUUGGAUGAGGCAUAUGAGUUCUAUAACCUAUAUUCAUGGGAAACUGGGUUUGGUAUACGGCUGGCGAAGAGCAGGCUCAAUGUGCAGAGAACAAGAUGUAUGCAAGAGAUUGUGUGUGCAUGCGCGAUACGUCUGUGUAAAAAAAAGCAUGUUUCUUCCUGGUUUUUUGCAUGGUACGUCUGUGUAAAUUCAGAUCAACCGCUCGUGUCUUGCAAUGUGUUGCUGUUUACCAAACAGAAAUCUUGGUUUUUUGCACGAGCUGCUGAAAGUUUCUUCCUGGUAAAUUGUGAAAUGUAUCAAUAAUUUUGGACUGAAAUCUGCCAGCAUAUAGAUACGCAUCUGAUAAGUUCCCUGUCAGUGAUCCAUUUGACACACUAUGGCGUAUGUUUGUAAAUACUGUAAUGUAUUUGUACCGUUUGUGAACCAUAUCAAAUUGCUAAGGUGGGUGAUGGGUAUUCCAAUUA